AACGAACCAUCACUCGCCUCCGCCGCCGCCGCCGCCGCGACCUCGAGGUUAUCCUCCUCGUGCUCUGGUUCCCCGCGAAGGAAAGACUCCCUCCCUCCUUUGCUCCGCUCGAGGAAGGAAGCGCGGAUGAAGGCGGGGAGGAAGAACCUGCGGAGGGCGUGCGGUGCCGCCGUCACUAUCGCCGAGGGCGAGAGCAUCAUGCAGGUCCUUGCGCUGCGCGGAUCCAACGUCAUCGAGGUGAUGGACGGCGAGGGCGUGAAGUCGCUGGCCUUGUUCCCGGCCAAGUUCCAGAAGAGCUUCUGGAUCAAGAACGGGAGUUUCGUGGCUGUGGAUGCGAGUGGGAGGGCUCAGGCUUUGGAAUCAGGCAGCAAGAUUGCUUGUGUUGUGUCUCAAGUCCUCUUUCACGACCAAGUUCGAGAUUUGGAGAAAUCCGAUGAGUGGCCAGCUAUCUUCAAGUCAACUCCCAGUGAAGGUUCAGAGUCGGGAACACAAGGACAAACUUCCCAGAUUGACGAGGAACCAAAUUCUGAUGAAGAUGAUGAUAUGCCCCCGCUUGAAGCAAACACGAACAGGAAUAGACCAUCUGAACUGUAUUCUGAUUCAGACAGUGGUUCUGAUUCUUAAACUAGCUUACAUAGGAAUAGGCCAUUGAUAUGUUGUGAUCUAUUAUCAAAAGUACCAAGGUAAUCCUGUGAUUGUUCUCAGAACAACUCAGGUUCGGGGGGCAUCCACUAUCCAUCUGUACACCUUCUGUAUUUUAUGCUCAAGUUCAGGCAUGGCAUUAUUAUCACUGAAACUUGCCUGCAUUGUCAAGAUAUUUGAAGAAAUGUGAUGUCA